AGUUCGCUGGGCAGUCGCUCGCCAGGGCGCCUAUAAAUAGGCAACGCUUUAGUUGGGGCCACAAGCAUGCGAGCACAAUAGCACGGCAGCAUGGAGAUGUCGGGCUAUCAGGAGGAUAUCAGCGCCUUGGAAAAAUCGGUGGCCAAUGCUGGCAGCCAGCUGUAUACGAUGGCCCACAAGCUGCACGCUGUGGAGCGCAGCUUGGAUCAGACGGCAAUGGAGCAAAUGGACGAAAUGGAGGUAAUGGAGCUGCUCGAGUCCAUGACCGAGGUGAAGAACGAAUAUCAGAAUCUGCGCAAGGACAUACAGGAGGUGCAGCAAUUGCAGCGUGACGUCAGCACCUCGAUACGCUAUCAGAUGACCAACAUGCAGCAGACAUUUCAAAUGCUAAAAAAACGCAUUGCCACAUCCCAGCAGCAGCGCCGCCAACGGGAACAGCGACAGAGCACCAGCGUGGCAGCCAAUCAGCAUUGAGCAUAGUGUAGUGUAGUGUAGUGUAGCGUAACGUAGUG